AUGUACACUACCAUCUCCAGCGCGUUCGCCGCAUGGGCCACUGUUGGGGCGCACCGCGGAAACUGGCGAACGCGCGUGGCAAACUCGUGGAUAGGUACGCAAUCUAGUAGUCUAUACACGCCGUCGUCUGCGUGUCUAACGUUGCAUUCUGCGGUCGCACGUACCACAAGGACUGCUGUAUGUCGGCGAGGAGGUGGCGCUGUGCUUGAUGUUACCGUGUCGGAUAUGGAAGUGCUCCGAGGUCAACAGCUCAGCGUGUCCGUGCAAAGGCUUCUGUGGGGCCCUAAGGCACCAUUUCCAGAGAAGAUGAUGGCAGUGCUCACGGAACAGCAUAUGACUGGAGUAGCAUCGUCGGUGGUAGCAACUACCCGGGCCGCGCCGGUUGCCACUCGUAUGCGCCGAUCCGCGGCCUUGGACGCAGUCACUGCAUCCAUAGAAAUGCUUGGUGACACCGGCGUAGCCAUCCCCAUGGGUGGCGCACCGCAGCCCACGAAAAGGGGUUCUCCUGCCGCUACUUCACCCAAUGGCGGGGCUGCGUCCACGGGCACAGCAAGGCAAAACCUAGGGUCAUCCGCUGCUACCCCCACAUGUGACAGCUCCUCCGCGCCACUGUCAAGCACCGAAACACUGGUUGCAAGACCACCUGCACGAGUCUUCUCUUUCCGCGGCAAUCCCCACGAGCUGCAGGACUGCCUUCGGGGUGCCAAAGUCCUAGUGUUUUUCUACAAAACAUCAUGUGCCCCUUGCACUGCGAUUCGUUCAAAGCUGCUUCACGCGCUGGCAGGAGCUGGCGUUGCCGGUGAUGGCGGUGCUACAGCUACACCACCAACCUCCACGGUGUUCGCUACAGAAGAUUCAGGGAUCGACGGCUCGUCACCUCCUCUGUCUGCGCCCUUACAGCUAUAUCAGAACAACCGAGAGAGGCCCACACGUGGACUAACCACCGCCCCAGUUGCCGCUGACACAGAGGCCACAGAUGCCGCGGCUGUCGUAGCAACCACCGCGACCAUGACGGUGGAAGAGCAGAAAGCCUGCAACGUUGCCUGUCGCUUCCUCGGGGGCGUGGCGAAGCCGUUCCCGCACUCCGUCAUCCUACUCAUGGUAGACACGAACGCGAAUGCUGAGGUGACUGCCUUGCAUGACAUCCGCAGUCUCCCAACGUUCAUGGCGUACCGAAACGGCUGCAUUAUAGGCCGCUUUGAGGGAUCUCACGAGGACGAGAUCGAUAAGCUGGUAGACCUCCUCACGCAGGACUCGACUGAGAGAAGUCCCACCACUGACAACGAGAAGGCCUCUCAGCAGCAGCAGCAACAGGGCACAACCUCGUCACCUGUAUCAGGAGACUACGAUUCUCAUCACCCGUGA